UCAAUAAAAUACGUUGAAUCGCGUUCUAGUAUAUAUCAGACAUAUUGGGCUAGGGAUCGUGCAGUUCUUGCAUUCCCUGGAGGCGCUUCCUUCUGCAAGGAAAGGCAAAGAGGAGUUCGUGAGCUUAGGGAGCAAUCAUGACAAAGAGAACUAAGAAGGCUGGAAUUGUUGGCAAAUAUGGCACUAGGUAUGGUGCUAGUUUGAGGAAGCAAAUUAAGAAAAUGGAAGUCAGCCAGCACAGCAAGUACUUCUGCGAGUUCUGUGGCAAGUAUGCUGUGAAGAGGAAAGCAGUUGGUAUAUGGGGAUGCAAGGACUGUGGUAAGGUGAAGGCUGGUGGUGCUUAUACCCUCAAUACUGCUAGUGCAGUGACCGUGAGGAGCACCAUUCGUCGCCUGAGGGAGCAGACAGAGGGAUAAUUGAGCUGUCUUUGGUGGAGUAGGAUGGUUUUUGUAUUAUUUUUUGUGCCAAAGGUGCCCAGAAUUUUGUCUGAUUUAGUUCUGGUGAAUUAUCUAAUCGAGUUGAUGUUUAGAAGACUACUGCCAUAUCUAGAUCUCAUCAAUGGUAAUAUUUACCUUUUUUUGGGAUACUCCACCCAUUUGAUGAUUGUAACACAUUUUUUAUUGUAACUUUGGAUUUGCUCUAGCCAAAGUUGAUCAUUUUAUAA